UGAAACUUUUGCGCGGGAGAGAGAGAAAAAAAAAAGAGAGUCAAAAUUCGGCAACUGAAAAGAUAAUAAUACAUAGUACAAAUCAAAAUCAAAAAUAAUUUCAUUUAUUUCAUCAGAGACUCAGAGACGCCUAACAAGUGUUCGAUAGAAUUCCUCAUAGAGAGAAAAAAAAAAAAAAAUGUACGUGGUGAAACGUGACGGGAACAAGGAAACUGUUCGCUUCGAUAAAAUCACUGCGCGGCUAAAGAAGCUUAGCUAUGGUCUUAGUAUCGAUCACUGUGACCCUGUCCUCGUCGCUCAGAAAGUCUGUGCUGGUGUCUUCAAAGGCGUUACCACUACUCAACUCGAUGAGUUAGCCGCUGAGACUGCUGCGUCUAUGACCACCAACCAUCCCGAUUACGCCUCCCUUGCUGCUAGAAUCGCUGUCUCCAGUCUCCACAAGAACACUAAGAACUCAUUUUAUGAAACGGUUAGAGAUAUGUACGAUCAUGUCAAUGAGAGAUCUGGACUCAAGGCUCCUCUAAUUGCUGAUGAUGUAUUCGAGAUCAUUAUGAAGCAUGCUACUCGUUUGGACAGUGAAAUCAUUUAUGAUCGCGAUUUUGAGUAUGAUUACUUUGGAUUUAAAACGCUUGAGAAAUCAUACCUCUUAAAAGUGCAAGGAAAAGUGGUUGAGAGGCCUCAACACAUGCUGAUGAGGGUUUCAGUUGGUAUCCACAAGGAAGAUAUCGAUUCUGCUAUCACUACUUACCAUUUAAUGUCUCAGCGAUGGUUCACCCAUGCAACUCCUACUCUCUUCAAUUCAGGAACACCAAGGGCUCAAUUAAGUAGCUGCUUUUUGAUUUGCAUGAAGGAUGAUAGCAUCGAGGGAAUUUAUGACACGUUGAAAGAGUGUGCUGUUAUAAGCAAAUUAGCAGGCGGUAUUGGUGUAUCAGUUCACAACAUCCGUGCAACUGGAAGUUACAUUCGUGGCACAAAUGGAGCAUCUAAUGGUAUUGUUCCAAUGCUGCGGGUAUUCAAUGAUACUGCUCGUUACGUUGACCAAGGAGGAGGCAAGAGAAAAGGAGCCUUUGCCAUAUACCUGGAGCCUUGGCAUGCUGACAUUUUUGAAUUUCUUGAACUCCGUAAGAAUCAUGGAAAGGAGGAAAACAGGGCCAGAGAUUUGUUUUAUGGUCUUUGGAUACCAGAUCUUUUCAUGGAGAGGGUUCAGACUGAUGGACAGUGGUCACUGUUUUGUCCUAAUGAGGCUCCAGGUUUGGCAGAUUGUUGGGGUGCAGAAUUUGAGAAAUUGUACACUCAGUAUGAGAAUGAGGGUAAGGCCAAGAAGGUUGUCCAGGCACAGCAGCUUUGGUAUGAAAUUUUGACGUCCCAAGUAGAAACAGGGACACCAUACAUGCUUUUUAAGGAUUCAUGUAACAGGAAAAGCAAUCAACAAAAUCUGGGUACCAUAAAGUCUUCCAAUUUAUGCACCGAAAUCAUUGAAUACACAAGUCCAACAGAAACAGCUGUGUGUAAUCUUGCAUCUAUUGCCUUACCUCGGUUUGUUAGGGAGAAGGACACCCCCUUGGACUCACAUCCGUCUAAGAUUGUAGGCAGUUUGGGCUCAAAGAGUCGUUACUUUGAUUUCGACAAGUUAGCAGAGGUGACUGCCACUGUUACUGUUAAUCUCAACAAGAUUAUAGAUGUGAAUCAUUAUCCUCUGGAGACUGCAAAAACCUCAAACAUGCGACAUAGGCCUAUUGGUAUAGGUGUACAAGGUCUUGCAGAUGCAUUUAUCCUUCUCGGAAUGCCGUUUGAUUCCCCUGAGGCUCAACAACUGAACAAAGACAUAUUUGAAACUAUAUACUACCAUGCACUAAAGUCAUCUUCAGAGAUUGCUACUAAGGAAGGUACAUAUGAAACUUACCAAGGAAGUCCUGUAAGUAAGGGAAUUCUUCAACCUGACAUGUGGAAUGUAAUUCCUUCCGAUCGCUGGGACUGGGCUGCUCUCAGGGAUAUGAUUUCAAAGAAUGGAAUCAGAAAUUCUCUUCUAGUGGCACCAAUGCCAACUGCUUCAACCAGCCAGAUUCUUGGGAACAAUGAAUGUUUUGAACCUUAUACCUCAAACAUUUAUAGUCGUAGAGUCUUGAGUGGUGAAUUCGUAGUAGUGAACAAGCAUCUUCUUCAUGACUUGACUGAUAUGGGACUAUGGUCUCCUACACUGAAAAACAAGAUAAUACAUGAGAAUGGUUCCAUCAUAAAUGUCCCGGAGAUACCUAAUGACUUGAAAGCAAUUUACAGGUCUGUCUGGGAGAUUAAGCAGAGAACAGUGGUCGACAUGGCUGUAGAUCGUGGAUGCUUUAUAGAUCAAAGCCAAAGUUUGAAUAUACACAUGGAGAAACCCAACUUUGCAAAACUCACUUCCUUGCACUUUUACGCUUGGAAAAAGGGUUUGAAAACGGGAAUGUAUUACCUGCGAUCGCGUGCUGCAGCGGAUGCGAUAAAAUUCACAGUAGACACAACAAUGCUAAAGGAGAAGCCUAAUGUGGCUGAAGACGAAGAAGCAACAGAAGAAGACAACGAGACGAAGAUGGCACAGAUGGUUUGCUCUUUGACAAACCCUGAGGAGUGCAUCUCAUGUGGAAGUUAAAACAACACAAACAAUUGAAGGAGCUAACGAAACAAAUUAAAAUGUUAACGUAUUGAUGUAGUAGGCUUUAAGAUUGUCUUGCUAUGGGGGGGGGUUUGGGGGUGUAGACAUAAGUUGACAAAUCUCUUUCUUUUCGAAUAAAGAGAGGUUGAGGAUCGUUUGAGUGUUGAUGUGUAACCAAAGAAGUUACAGUUGCUCAAGGUAAUUAAGAAUUUGUUAUAAGCC